AUGAGUUUAUCAUCUUUAUUUCGAAAAAUUGGUUUUAUAGUUGGCAAAAGGCCCAAAACUUUUUUUUUAACAAAUUUAUUUUUAUUCCUCCCAUCAUUAUCUUAUUAUUUAAUUAAUGACAUUAAAGUCGAAACUGAUGUAAGGAGAGGGUUUUCUCCAAAAAAUGGAAGGGCAACAAGUGAAUCGAAGGCAUUUGCUGAAUUCUAUGAUGUUUCUAUAGACGGAGUAGAUCUUGUUUUAAUCUUUUUGGAACCAAAAACUUUAGACAAACGCUUAAUCAUGAAUGAUAAAUUGCUUUCAGAUGUGGAGAUUUUAGAUCGUUAUAUAAAAGAACUUUCUUUGGAAAUUAAUUUUGAGGGGCUUUCUGAAGGAAAUAAUGUUAGUCAAAGAGUUACCAGCAAAGGUGAUAUGAAUUAUCUUUUUCACGCAUUUAAAUGGGCAUAUCAAUUACAAAGUACAUCGCUUUUAUUAACCUCAAAAUUAAAUAGACAAAUUAAUUUGGACUUUCCAAUAUCUCAAAUUUAUGGUUUUGAUGUUCUCUUGGAUUCUCAUUUUUUUGGUGUUAAAUUGAGACAAGGAAAUAAUUCAGAAAAGUUUCCUUCAAAUAUUGAAUCUGUGGAAACUAUUGGAAUUUAUUAUUUACUUGAUGGAAACAAUAAAAAUAAAAAUCAAAUGGAAAUACUAAAUAAUUUGGAAUUAAAAUUGUUUAAUAAUAUAAAUAAUGGAGAUUUAAAUAAUUUAACUUUCAAAGUUUUAAUUUAUACUGAUCAAUUAGCUAAUUAUGAAAUGAUGAGGGGUGCUAAGAAAAUUACAAGUUUAUUAGGUAUUGGGGUGGAUGCUAUGAUUUUAUUUUUGGUUGUGGCUUAUUGGCAUUUUAAUUGGAAAUCUCAAUUUAUUUUAAUUACUUCUUCAUUACUUUCACCUCUAUUAUCAAUUUCUGUUGCUUUCUCGAUUAUUGGAUGGAUCGGAAUUAAAUUUAAUUCGAUAAUGCCCAUAAUGCCGUUUCUGGUUUUUGGUAUUGGGGUGGAUAAUGCCUUUUUAUUAAUACAUUCUUGGAGAAAAUGGGCUUUAAUUGAACAAAAAGGAUUAAAUGAGAAUAAAGAAUAUAAAUUUGCUCAAAGAAUGGCAAACGUUUUUGGAGAAAUGGGUUCUUCUAUAGCAAUAACUUCGUUAACCAAUGGAAUUGCUUUUGGAGUUGGUAUUUUCUCUCCAUCAUCUUUAAUGUCCAAUUUUUGUUUGUGUACUUCAAUUGCUAUAUUCUUGGAUUUUUUAUUUGAAUUUUUAAUAUUUGCACCUUGUCUCCCUUUUAUUAAAUGGAAAGCUGAAGAAAACGAGAAUACAAUAAAAAGAGAAAAUUGGCCUCUUUUUGGAAUGAUAAAAUUAAAAAAGGAAAGAUCUUCAUUUUCUUCAUCAUUUCUACGUUUUUAUUCAAAAUUUCUCGUUUCAUUUCGAGCUAAAAUAUCUGUAUUUGUACUCCUCUUCAUCUCAUAUAUUCUAGCCUAUUUUGGAAUUAAUCAAAUGGAAACCAGUUUUAUUCCAGAAAGAACAUUUCCUGGCGAUUCUCCACUUCAGGAUACAAUCAAAAUAUUUAAUAGAAUUAUGAAAUAUCAUUCUCCAAUUUCGUUUUUUGUCUUUCACCCUCCAAAUAUUUCUGAUCCUGUAGAAUUAGACAAUUUCAACAAAAUGAUUAAUAUUAUACAAAAUUUACCAAAUACUUUGCAUGUUCAAAUAUGGCUUAAUGGCUAUUUGGAAGUAAGUGAGGGAUAA